GGUUGGCUUGGCAUUACACUUUGAUAUGCUACAGAAUAUAACCCCAACUCGUGUCCUGUCAAAAAAUGUGACACCUCUGUGCUCAUGGGUGCGGUUCUGCAAAAAAGCUAAUAAAUGGGCCACAGAACCCAAAGUUCAUGCUCUCCAACACAUGGACAUGUUUUAUGCAAAGUUCUUCCCUGGUUUGUGGCCAUCAGUACGCCUUGGGCUUCUCUCACUUCCAAAAUAUGUAGCAUUGCUGAAUAAUUUUGCAGAAGUUGAGUCCUCUGAAGCAAGUCUCACCUCCUUGGGCUGUGUUGACUUAAUUAGUAUUGCCCAGGGAAACCUUUCUUACUUUAUGCCAGCCACUAAAGUGAAAGGAAUGGAAAAUUAUAAAGGUGAAGCAGCAUACUUCCAGUCUUAUACAUCCAUAGACCCAGAUCUUCCAGUUGUUGCAGAUCCAGUCAUGAAACUUCAAGCCCUUCCCAUGCUUCGUGUAUAUACUCAUGUCCGAAGUGAUGUGCGGCGAUUCCCUGAACCUAAACGUGAUAAAUCAAGCUUCUUCAAUUAUUAUCUUUUAGACGGGGCAUCAAUUUUGCCUGUUUUGGCCCUUGAGAUUCAACCAGGAGAUGCAAUUUUGGACUUGUGUAGUGCUCCUGGUGGAAAGGCACUUGCGAUGCUCCAAUCUCUCUACCCAAAGACAGUGGUUUGCAAUGAACACAGUCAGGCACGCAUUAGAAGAUUGAAAAAUGUUAUGGAUAGUUACAUCCCUGACUUAAAGAGCCUUGCAGGUGCUUUAAUCAUCCAGCAGUCAGAUGGCAUGCUUUUGAAGGAACCUGGUGGUUAUGAUAAAGUCCUUGUUGAUGUUCCAUGUACCAAUGAUCGAGAGGCCCUCUCUGAAAAUGACAACAACCUCUACCAUCCAACAAGGACCAGAAAGAGAGUGGAACUUCCCAACCUUCAGAUUGCACUUCUGCUGAGUGCUUUGAAAUCUGUGAAGGUUGGUGGGAGUGUGGUGUAUUCAACAUGCACGUUGUCACCAGCCCAAAAUGAAGGGGUGGUGUAUGCAGCCCUCCAAGAAAUCUGGAGUACUACCAGUAUGGAAUUUAAGAUUAGGGAUCUUACUCAUGCAUUUGAACCAUUUGCAUGGAUCUUCCGUCUGGCUCCAAGUGCUCAUAGAUGGGGGCUGCAGGUAUUGCCUUGGUUGCCUAGUAAUUUUGGGCCCAUGUUCUUCUCUCGUAUUGAC